GGAAUUCGUCCACAAAACCCUAUAAUCCUCGCACCCCCCAACACCUCUCUUCUCCUGCGCCGCCGCCGCCUCCUCCUCCUCCCGCAUCUCCCUCCUCGCCUCUCGCUGCCGGCCGCGCUUCGCCAAGAUGAACAAGGAGAGGCUUAUGAAGAUGGCCGGCGCCGUCCGCACCGGCGGGAAAGGCACCGUGCGCAGGAAGAAGAAGGCCGUCCACAAGACGGGGACCACUGACGACAAGAGGCUGCAGAGCACGCUCAAGAGAGUAGGUGUCAACACCAUCCCCGCGAUCGAGGAGGUCAACAUCUUCAAGGAUGAUCUCGUCAUCCAGUUCGUCAAUCCCAAAGUGCAAGCUUCCAUCGCCGCAAACACAUGGGUGGUCAGUGGCUCCCCACAGACCAAGAAGCUUCAAGAUGUUCUUCCUGGGAUCAUUAACCAAUUGGGUCCUGACAACAUGGAGCACCUAAAGAGGAUUGCUGAAGAGAUGCAGAAGCAGGUAGCUGCUGCAGGUGCCACUGCCCAGGCAAAGGAAGAGAACGAUGAUGAUGUUCCAGAGCUUGUUCCGGGAGAGAAUUUCGAAGAGGUAGCUCAGGAGACAAAAGCCUGAUCAUAGAUACCACAAGUAGUGAAAUGUUACUUGACCGCUGUUCUGAGGUCAUGGUUUUCUAUGACGGCCCUGUUUUGCUUCUCCUCGUAGGCCAAUCUUUGUAUUUGCAAUUGGAAACUUUUAGUUUCUCCGAGUUUUUACCUAAGUUAUGAAUGCUGAGAUGCCAUGGAGUCCUUUUUACCUGGUUUUGAUGUUCACAUUUCUGGUUGGUUCAGAAUAUACUAGCAUCAGGGUUUGCAGAUGUC